ACUUCAUGGUAGAAGUGGAACAUACGGAGAGUCAAGAUGGUGCUCAGUAAAAGUCACAUUUUCCUUCUUGUAGCUAUGAUUGCUGCUAACUUGAUUUUCGGUCAAGAAACUGGGUCGCAAGAAAAUACACAAGUAGAUGCCAACGAGGCUGGUGAAGGGGACGGGUCUUUGCAUAACAGAUUCUUUUUCUUUAGUCGCUUUGUAGGGUGUAACUCAACCGCUCAGAUUGGACGUACUUGUGCAAGUUGUAGGCAAACUUUGCUUUGUUUCUCAAGCAAUAUUGGAAUAUUAAAAACCUGCCAUGGCUUACUUCCUUACUGUAACGAAGGCCGAUGUUCCUAUGUCCGUGGCUCUGAUUGCAGUACAACUUCUGGAUGAUAAUUUGUAUAUUUUAAAUAACAAUAAAGAAAACAUGUAUUCUUAGUGUCCAGUUCUGUUUUAUUAUAUGAUCUCUACGUUUUAAUUACACCACUACAUGUAUAUUUAUUUAAUUUACAAUUUAAUUUGUUUAUAUAUGGAACAAACGAGUAUGCAGCUAAACUGAUCGUAAGUGACCACCGCCGCCCAUGAACAACUGCAACACCAGAUGAAGGUGUUUCCUUGUAUACUUACCAGUAUAUCACUUUCACCUACUGUUUACUAGCAAACAAUGUUUAUGGUACAACUAGGUAGUAUGACGUAUUUAGUCUAGCAGUGCUUGCACUUGCCUUCCAUCUCAGUACUCAGAGGUGAGAUCAGUUUUGCGGCCUUCUUAGUUUGAAGUUGGUUGCUGGUGUCCACAGCUUGCAGUAACCAUUUGCUAUUGGUGGAUUGUAAGUUCAUUUGUCACUUCAGUGUUAUAAAAAAAAGUAAUCGUUCAAUCAUUUGAGACAUUUUAAUAGUGUAUUUCAAUAUGCCGAAUCAAAGAAUCCCAUAACUGAUAAUGAACUCACUAAAUUGUCUGUUUAUAGUAGUGAGUGUUACUAUCAAGAACUGUACGCUUUCUACCAUUUACUUGAAAAAUAUUACGUCCAGCAUGAGCGCGGAACUCAAAGAAGCUGCCUAUGAAACAUAUUGAAGCUUUGCAUGAUUUUUUUUUUAUAUAAAACUAUUUUGUUGGAAUUCCAAAUUAUCGUCUCAUUUCCUGAUACCAACUGCGUAAUAAAAUUAUUACUAUGUCGAAUUACAGUCGAAUCCAUGUUACUAUUUUUUUUACAUAUGUGUGAUUAUUUUAGUCUGAGGCUCUGCCUUUAAUCUUAAAGAUAAUGUUAAGAAAAAUUAUUCGUCGUGUGCUAAUUCGUUCAAUGCAGUGCCUACAGUACGCUGUGUAGUGGCGGUGUAUGAGUAAAUUGAGUAAUUCAUAAGUAAUUCACUACACCAUAUAUCAUUCCGUGGGUGGAAAAGAAGAUAGAGGGAAAUGAAACAGUAAAUGGGCAGCAGCACCUUCCCGAUAACAACUCAAAAUAAUUACUAACUGCUGUUGCCAACCAGCCUGGCAAGCGUGGCAACUAUGGCAAAUCAGUAACUGUUUGAGAGGUAUUUGUGUAGCAGUGGACCUUUUGAUAGGCUUUAGCGAUGACAGUACACUACAUUGAGACGGAUUUGCGAUUGAAGUAAAGAACACUAUUAUUAAUAAGUGCGUAAAAUUAGUUUCUUGAAUUUUAAAUAAAAAACAGAUCUGUCAUAUUAUCGUUUAUUUACAGUUAACAUUACAUAGAAAUAGAUUAAGAUAUUAUGUUAUUACGAUAAUAUUUGUAAAAUAGACAUUUCAAAUAGGAAUCUACAGUAAAACUUUUUUUUAAUUAUUAUCAUUCGUGGUCACAAUUUCAUAUCAAGUUGCCUAUUUAUUGUCAAUGUAAGAAUUGUUAGGCUCAAUAUAGAUUAAAGAUUAAUAAGUGUAGUAUAAUAAGCCAAAAAUGUAAUUUAAAACAUGUGUAUAAUACUUUAACAUGUUUUUUUAAUUAAAAAAUAUUAUUUGUCAAACACAGCUUACUCUAGUCAGUAAAGAGACCAUUAGAAAGGAUAUAGAAAGAAAUACAUGGAUAUUUAUCACAACUUUUUAAUACUUUUUAUAUUCUAAUUAGAAUAGUUUCAGAAAUAAAAUAGUUAAGUUUUGAGUAAAUUCAAAGUAUUAAUUAUAUUUUUUUUUUUUAGUUUCAUUUCUUAUGUAUAACAUAUUUUUUUAUGUUAUAUUUGCGAUUGACAACGUUUCAAAAAUGAUAUCUAUAUGAUAUACCUUAAACAUCUUACACGUAUCUUAAGUCAUAAACUAGCCAAUGUCGUUUAGUAGAGUUGAGACCUGUUAUACUCAGAGUCUAAUUUUAUGAUAUAAUUAAUAUUAAUACAUAAUAAAAACAACUUGAAUCACAACAAUCAACAUC